AUGGGCAUUGUCAAGAACGGAAAGGUUGUUGUGCUGCUUAACGGCCGCUUUGCUGGCCGCAAGGCUAUCGUUGUAAAGACCUACGACGAGGGUCGUGGUGACCGCAAGUUUGGCCAUGCUAUCGUUGCCGGCAUUGACCGUUACCCGCGCAAGGUGACGCGUUCCAUGGGCAAGAACAAGCUUAAGAAGCGUUCGAAGGUGAAACCGUUUGUCAAAUACGUCAAUUACAACCACAUCAUGCCUACCCGUUACGUCGCCGACAUUGACCUGAAGAAGGUCCUUGACGAUGAUGUGCUGGGCAACCCGGAGACCCGUAUCGAGUCUCGCAAGACCAUUAAGAAGGUGUUCGAAGAGCGUUACCUGAAUCAGGCUGCGUGCAAGUCGGAGAAGAAAGCUGCAGGUGUUAGCUUUUUCUUCAAGAAGCUCCGUUUCUAA